AUGGGGUGGGCGGAGCGGGAGGCGUGGCCGGCCACGCCCCUCGCUAUCACAGCCUCAGAUGAAUCUGGUGGCCACCCCCCACCCCGGAGGGGAGGAAUGGACGAGGAGAGCUUGCCGCUUCGGCCCACCGCUCCCGCGACGGACUUCUCCAUCGAGGCCAUCAUGGCUCGGAGGCCCAAGUCGGUCAAGGACGUAGCCGCUGUCACAGGUAACUCAUAA